AUAAUUCAUGAAAUUUCCUUUUUUUACUCUAUCAAUCAAGAAAUGGGAAAUCAUAAGGAACAAACAGCCAACAUAGAUUUGUUUCUAUUUAAAAGGAUUUGUUUGAUUGAUUGAUUGAUUGAUUGAUCGAUUUGUCCACUUUACGAGGCUUGUAAGGCUUCCUUUCUAGUAGGUGUGGUCGAGAAGGCUGGACCAAAGAUUCACCGGCCAUCAACAAAUCCAUUUCUAACAUUUAUUUCCUCCCCUACCACAUCAUAAAUUCCAAAAUUCUGCAGGAAGAUCUCCAGAAUCUAUAAGUUCGAUAGUUUGGCUCCGGCCAUGUAUCAAAAUCAAUCAUCCUCCUAACCUGUGUUUCUUUAGAUCCCGUUUUGCUUCUGGUUUGCUUGACUGCUACACAAAGGAUACCUUUGGAAAAAAGAUAUGGAGACCGAGAUAUUACCUUCGUCACUUGAUGAGGUAGAAGCUGUAAGUUUCACUCGUUCUACGCAUUUAUAGUACUUUGGUUGGUUGCGAAUGGUGACUAUUGGUUCAACAAAUUUUCACUGCAAAUCCGAGGUCACGAGAGAAACGAGAGAAGUCAAGAUAUUCUCUACCCGGCAAACACACUCUUAUUUUGUUUGAUCCCCAAAUUACAACAUCUACUAACGUAUCUAUAGCUCAUCUAUCAAUUGUACAAGCCUGGUCCUCCUGAGAGAGUUUUAAAGGUUAACGAAACUCUCCAAAAGCUACAGCGUUCUCCUGCUGGUUGGGAUUUAGCGGAUGGCUUAUUAGGAAGAAGCUCGGAAAAUGUUAAAUUCAUUGGAGCAUUAACCUUCACCAUCAAGCUUAACACGGAUUCGUAGGCUGAUUCCUGUUUCUCUUUUACCAUUUCUUCUAAUGUCUGUGCUUUAGGCAAUCUCUAAAAGAUGAGGAUGCACAAGUUGUGCUACAAAAGAUCAUCGGAUGGCUUAUCAAGUGCCUAAAUUCUGGCUGUGGACCACUUGUGAUCAGGAAACUGUGCACAACAUUAGUCACUUACUUUCUUCAUUUCUCUGGCUCUUGGGCUCGUUGUAUUUAUCAUCUUACAUAUUGCCUAUGCCUUGGCGAGGCUGUUCCUUACCAUAAACUCGAAGAUGCUCCUACUAUGGACGCCCUUGUCCAGAGUCUAUCAGAUGACAAAAAUAUGGCAAUAAUAUGGUUCUCCGCGACCUUAGUAGAAGAAGUGGGAAAGACGGAUUCAAAUUCAAUGAAGCAGUAUGCAUACCACUUUUUAAACAGCGUGAUUAAUCACUAACAUUCCUUAGACAUAAAUUCCACGAGCAUGUGGUCCAGAAUGUUGACGAUAUUGUCACCAUCAUGACGAAGGGCAUUGUAAAUACGACAGGAGCUCCUCUCAACAAUAAAAUUCGCCAGGAAUCAAUGAAAUGUUUUCAGGUCAGUCUCAAGUUCCUAUGCAUUGCUAUUCAUUACCAUGAGACGGACAUUAUGACUACACAUUUCAUAUAUUGUAAGGCUAAGAUAUGCUGAAGCGUCCCAAGGCUGUAUCAUAACCAUACCCGAAAGUCUUGAAAGAUCAAUGAAUUAUUGAAAUUACUUGUAUAGCUUGAUCUUUAGACAGGACUAAAAAGCCUCAAUCGUGCCAAAGCAUGUUCCCUAUCCAAGAAACCAAUGUUCGACCAAUUUCGGAAUCAUCACUAACAUGAACAGUCAUGGGUUCUUUACUCUCAUCGUGCAUUUCUCGAUGCCGCCAUUGUUCUUAAUCCUUUGAGAACUCUCACUCAGCCCGCAUUGAUGCUAAUUAUCGACGAUGACCUUUACGAAAUCACUGUAGAGCUGUUCGCGGACAUCCUUGCCAACUAUUCGUCCUUCCUUUCCGAGAACGACUUCACUAUGUUAUACGAUCUCUUUAGUAGCUCUUGGGCACAGGAAAGAUACACGAGAUUGAUCCAAGGUGAUUUUGACUUUGACUCAUUGCAAUUUGGCCAAUUUCUGCUAAGCUUCGGCGAUGCUACGGUGCAAGAUCUAGCCCAAAAUAUCACCACCGACCCUCGAAGUCAGCAGAUACUCUCGGCUCUUGUAGGACUACUUGGUGCCGAUGGUUACAUUGUCAACGAAGACAAGAUAUUUGUCCCAGCGGUAGAGUUUUGGGCUAUUUAUCUUGAAACUGUACUUGACCUGUCAUACAACGUUGAUGCCUCGCCUGACUGGCUGCCAGCAGCUCGAUCAAUGCUGAUGCAAGCAAUUGAGAAGUGCUGGCAUAAAAUGCAAUUUCCGCCACAACAUAUAUUCAGCUCAUGGGACUCAAGCGAGCGUGCUGGCUUCAAAGAUGCUCGAAGAGACGUGGGAGAUUUAAUACAGCAAUCUUACAUGCUACUUGGUUUGCCACUUGUUUCAUCCUUCGUCGACCUUAUCCUAAAAUCGGCUGAGAAGGGAAAUGCUUGGGGCGAACUUGAAGCUUCAUUAACCUGCUUGGCUGAAUUUCAAGACUACAUCAAGGAGGAGUCAGACGAUUACCUGGAUAAAGUUUUUGGAUCCCCGUUAUUCUCUAUGCUCACAAAGUCCGACUCGAAUGUUCCUUCACGUACAAGGCAGGCAUUUCUGAUGGUCAUCAACGGUUAUCCGGACUACUUCGAACGCCAUGUACAGCAUCUUCCAAGCGCCCUUAAUCUUAUGUUUAGCAUGCUACAUUCACCAACGUUGGCCAGAGUAACAUCGAAGUCCAUUGCCAUGCUCUGUUCAUCUUGUCGGAAAGUACUUGUUCCUGAACUUGCUGCGUUCCUACAGCAAUACAGCGAAAUAACUCGAGAAGAUUCAAUGGAAAGUUACGCAAAAGAAGGUGUCAUCGGCGCGAUAGCAUCGAUCAUCGAAGCGAUGCCAAAUGAUGAGUUGAAGCUAGAUCCUCUCAGCCAAUUAUUGGAUUUUGUCCGGAGGGACCAUGAACGAAGCCUUCAUUUGUUGAGCUCACAGUUCACAAACGUGGCUUCAAAUAUACCUGUACCUGAUAGCCAAGUUGCAGCCGAUGAAAUUGCACUCACUGCAAUACGAUGUCUAACGAGUAUUGGAAAAGGUCUUCAAGUACCUGCUGAUACGCCCGUUGAUCUCAACACUGAUGGAAAUAAUUAUUCAUAUUGGAAGAAUGGUAAUGGCAGAGAAAUUCAGAUCCAGGUGUUGAGCAUUCUCACGGCAACUAAUGAAGCUUUCCCUAGCCACGGCGAAAUCAUUGAAGAGAUCUCUCAUGUUUUCCGCACUGGCCUAGUGGAAGAUGACGGUCCAUUUGCUUUCCCUCCCGAGGACGUCGCGAAGUAAGCUACGCCUGUGUAGAUUCUUAUGGUUUGCCUUGGUACUAACAACGUUGCAUAGAUUCAUUUUUAGAUCCAAUUAUCAAACACCUCGUGUUAUCACAGUCAUCAAUACGGCCUGCUCACUUGUCAACUCUUGUAACACAGCAUCAGGGAGGCGUGGUGAUGAAGUACUCAGUGCCUUAUUGACAUGGAUCUCGGGACUGAUGGAAGCUAUUAAUCACGGUAGGUCCUCAUACUCGAAUCCAGAGAUUACAAUCUAGCAAAAUAGAAGAGAAGAAAAGAGCUAACGUUAACAAACUAUAGAGCCCAGCAAUGAUCCGGAAAUUUCCCAACCAAGUAUCGAAUUUCUCCAUCGUCUAAUCUCUACCCCAAAGAAUCUCAACAUCCUCCUAAACCACGAACCCAAAUCCUCCCUUGAACACAUUUUCAUGUUCACCCUCAAAGCCCUCACAGGCCGCGAUCCACUUCCCAAACAAAGCGCCGCCGAAUUCUGGGUAAGAAACACGCCACCAUCCCCAACCCCUACAAACACAAGAAUCCAAAAACUAACCAGCUUUAAGUCCUCAUUCGUCUCCCUCCCCAUCAACAACCCUGACCCUCACGUCCAACAAGCCAUCACCAACGCACUGCAACAUCUCGGUCCCCUCCUCUCCCAAGCCCUCAUGUACAACAUCGGUGGUGCAGCUGCUCGCAGCGAACUCGAUAAACUUUCCGAUCCUUUGCGUAAACUUGUGGUUAGUCAGGUGAGAGCGAAAAGUUGGUUAGAGGCUGCGUUGAUGGAUGGGAAUUUUCCUAGUGACAAGGUAAAUCAGAAGGAGAAAAUAGUGUUCUUGUCAAAGGUUAUUAAGUGAGUUGUCUAUCUGAAGUUUGUGUGAUGAAGGUUGUAAAUGUGAACUGACUUUAUGAAGUCUUCGUGGUGCCAAGGGAACAAAUGCUGUGGUUAGGGAAUUUUGGUUAGCAUGCAGGGGAUCCAAUUUCGCGUAUGUUUCUUGAGGUAGAUUGGUAGAAAUAUUCAGAAUAAAGAUGAAUGAUGAAGUAGGUAGACGUGGAAAGAAUUAUUCCACAAUCGAAUAUACAUUUUCCACAUGGUUUUGUAUUGUACAAAAUUGUACCCAUUC